GUAAAUAUGGAAUCCCGUAAUAUACAUUAACAAUAAUUCAAUAAACAUAAUUCACAAAAUAAGAGAAAAUAUACUUAUUCGAUGAAAUGAUGAAAUAGUAAUGUUUAGAUCACCUGGUCGGUAUGAGAAGGGGGAGGAGGGGGCGGGGCCGAUAUAUCAUUACUAUAUGACUGACACGUGUAACACGGAAAUCGCCGACAUUAAAUGUCUAGGUUUGAGAAAUGAUAGAACGCUACAUGGUUAUAGUUCCUGAUUUCUGCCAGUAAUUCCAUCUAUAUUUUAAUUGUCAAGAGUGAAACAAAAAUCAUAUUUAACCGACCGGACAAAAACAUUCAGUUCUUAAUGUAUAACUUUUCUUGUACGCUUGUCGGUCUGUCUCUUCAAUGUCAGCGAAGUUACGGAAAUGUAAUAUUUUGAUGAGGAAAAUGACAAAAUGUCAAUUCAGAAGGACUUAAAACAAAGUGAAGAUCUGAUUUGUUAUUCUUAAAUCUAUCAUUAUCACAAAUUUUGGAUAAAGUGCUAAUGACAAAUAGAGGUGCUCGUUACGAUAAUUAAUUAAUCGAUUGGUUUUAUAAUUUAUUGAUCGAUUGAUUUGUUUACAUUGGAGAUGUUAUAACAACAAGGUGUGUUUUUUAAAGAUCCUGUAACCAUCUGCUGUCCGGUCACUUCAAGGGGAGAACGAGUAAACACACAACAAUUACAUCUAUGAAAACACUUAGCGCGCGCACGUGGAGGGAUAUCCAAACUUCUCCGUCAAAGUGAAAGUAAGUAUGUUUCUUUAGCUGACAAGCGUGGAGGUAUAUCUGUGGAGUAUAUAUCGCACCGACCCAUCUGUCUCUCCCCACUUCUCUCCUUAGUCUCACCUGGCGAAUCACUUACCUGUCAUUAAUUACAAAGUAUUCAUUCCAAUCAAGUACGGAACACCUACGGCUGACCAGUGUCCCUCUAGACUGACCAACACAUGGCCGGAGCCAUGACCAGCUAAGGUAUUGUCAUCAUGAUUGGCGGAGUAAGGACAUUUCUGUUGCUAGCUCUCAGUGUUGCAGUAACCGUACAACAGCCCGCGGAUCAACAAAAUAAUCUCUUCGACAACAAAUUCCUGGACAACGUUGACUCUCAACAAAAGAAAGAAAUACUUGAAGCGUUUGAAUCGAGUCUAUUGAAUUUGUUCAGCCUUAAUGCUCGUCCUCGACCAAAAAAGGAUAUUAAAAUACCCCAGUAUAUGAUUGACUUGUACAAGACUCAUACAAGUGAUCCCGAUGUUCUGUCACCCAACUUUAACAUUCGAGGAAAAGGUGUUGGUACGGCCAACACUGUAAGGAGUUUUUAUCACAAAGAUGCCGAUGAACAUCCGAUUGAGAUGACGGGGUGCGGGGAGGAGAACUGUGUACGCGUUUGGUUCAAUGUUUCUAACAUUCCCGUGGAGGAAGUUCUGACUGCCGCGGAGUUCCGAGUGUUUUUCGACAAGGAUCAUAGUGCUGUUGAUAGUGUAAAGAAGGGGCGUUUAAGAGUUGAGAUUUUACAAGUGAUGAGACCGAUUAAAAAGGGUCAGGAUUCCAUAACGAGGCUGUUGGAUGUGAAACAUGUGAGUGGUCGUAAGAACGCUUCUUGGGCGUCUUUUGAUGUUCAGCCUGCUGUGUUAAAAUGGAAAAACUCGCCGGAUUCGAACCACGGAUUGGAGAUUAGAAUUCUCCCCUAUAACAAUCAUCCGUCAAAACAGCCUAUUAAACAUGUUCGUUUACGGCGAUCGGCUUCUGCUUCUGAUGAAGAAUGGCAUUUACAAAGACCUCUUUUAGUUACAUAUACCGAUGACAAUCGCGGUAAAUCGCGGUCAAAAAGGAGUAAUAGUAGCAGAAAGUCUAAACGGAGGAGACCACGCAACCGGAAGCGGAAACGACACAAGAAAUUCUGUAGGAGGAAACCAUUGUAUGUAGACUUUACAGCUGUAGGGUGGACAGACUGGAUUUUUGCGCCGCCUGGCUAUCAAGCCUAUUAUUGUCAAGGCGAAUGUGAGUUUCCGUUUUCGGAGCACAUGAACGCUACAAACCAUGCUAUAGUGCAGGACUUGGUGAAUUCAAUAGACUCCAAGUCCGUCCCAAAACCGUGCUGUGUACCUACAGAACUGAGUCCUAUUUCAUUGCUAUAUGUGGACGAGUAUGAAAAAGUGAUACUGAAGAGUUACCAGGACAUGGUAGUAGAGGGAUGCGGGUGUCGGUGACACCUGUUCCGGAACUCUUGUGAGAAAAUGUGUAUAUGUGUGACAAAUCUUAUUUAUUGAAAUGAAAGUUUUGUAAGGAUGAAUGCACGUUAUUGUUGGUUGUGAUUUUACGAGUAUAGGUGUUUGAGUUGACAGAGCGCGCGUGUGAAUAUUUAAUGAGAUAGACAUUGUUCGAACUCGGUGUUCUCAGAUCUUACCCAGUAUCAAUCCAUCCAAUCUCCGCCGACCAAUGUUCCCGAAAAUAUGCUUUUUAUGAAUAGUUGCUAUGUGUUGUUAUUGUGAAUAUGUAUACAAAUGACAUAUCUGUGACAAUUUUGAAUUGAUUAUGACGUCAUUAUUUGAUGACGUCAUAUCCAUACUAAAUCUAGUCGUUCCAGUCUACAGGUGUUUUGUAAUAAUUAGAAAUUUAGAUCAAGUUCACAACAAUAUAUAGACUACCUCGCUAACGUCAUCACUUCAUCAUAACCUAAUAAAUUAACUGUUUUUGCGUAACCAUGUCAACUUCUAUAAUUUAUAUGCAGUUGUAUAUGUUGUAUGAUGUAACGGCUCCCCCAAUGGUACCUCAUACCAUAGUGAGGAGAGAAAACGUCUUCCAUCAUUUCACUCAUGUUUAAGUACGCGUAGUAAUACACUACGAAUUGCGGUAAAUUGCUAGACAAAGUACUGUUACACGUGUACUUUUAAAUGAAGUCCACGGAGACUUUCGGAGGGCUAAUUCACUAUCCGUCGCGUUAGUAAAAAGGCGCAUUCGCUGCCAAUCUUCCAGUUAAAUGUUGAAUUCAGAUAGCAGUGUCUCUGUACGAGUCCUCGUCGCCUGACGAACAAUGGCUCUCUACUGAUGGUUGUCUGAUAACGUAGCAUCCCUUGUAAAGGAUUAACAUAAUCUGAAAGAUAACCCUUGGAUAAUCUCCACUCAUCUUUAUGCCAAACAUCAUCCCCAUCUUAACAUGCGAUUAGGAUCGCUGGAACCACGACAGACGUUAGGGUGAGAGCGAGCGUGAAAGUUUAUAAACGACGUCUUUUUUUAAAGUAAGAUAUAUUUGCUCGUGUCUUUGUUCUGUUGACGUGACUUGGAUACGAAACUACGGGAAGUUGGAUGGACUGAUUGAGGGUAUAACGUUAAGAACAUGUACUUACCUGAUGAGAACUGUUAUUAAUGUAUUGCAGACGAUACAAUGUCAUUAUGUAUAUUUCUAUGACAGUUCUUUAAAUGACAAAAACUAAAAUUUAAAACACAUCUAA